AUGGCCGACCUAAUUAGCUAUGACCGAAGUCCUCCAAUCCAGCAGUCUGGGUCUGCAACCUCUGCCGACGAAAUCCUUUGUGGAGGAUUCAUUGUCCUCCGGCACGGCGAUGCCAACAAAUCAGACCUGGCCGUAGCCCUGAUGCUCAUGGACAAACAACGCAAAAUGGACCCUGGGCUCAUUGAGUGGUUGCUUCUGGUGCCAUCGCUUGCGGAAACUGUCACUAAAAUGGCUGUGGUACCUGCUGUUCAUUUGCGGAUGGCCAAGAAGUACCCGCACGUCAGCCAUGACGCCGUGCCGUUAACGCUGUCCAAGCCCCGGACCCUGCCCGGCAACAGCGGGUUACUAGCCUCCGUUCUGGGAUGGUGA